AGCAGGGAGAGGAAGUCGCGCGCAGCUCAGUGCCUUCUGGGUCUAAGGAGUGAGAACCCGAGCGAAACCUUCUGUCUUGCGUUUUUGCUAAAUAUCGCCCUAAUAUGAGUAGCAGCCGCUGAAGUUGGAUGUCUGAAGUACAACUUCCUUAAAAAAAAACAAACCCUUAAAUGGUGUACUUGUCUCCACUUCUUGACGAACAGGAAAAGCUGCAAACUACAGUCCAGCUUUAAUGCAAAUCGGAAGUAUGACUGAGUGGCAGAGGAAAACGCCUUUGGAAUGGCUUGCUUAUGUGAAUAAAGAAGUCAGUGUUCUGGCAGCUGAAAAACACCAUUAUAAAGGAUGGGUUUUAACAGUUGAUCCAGUGUCUGCCAACAUUGUUCUGGCAAAUCCCCUUGAGAAUGGAAGAGUGUCUGUCUCAGCCAUCUUGGGGCAUGCAGUGCGGGAUGUUGAAAUAGUGACUGAAGCAGAUGAGGAGAUGAAAGAGAAACUCGGACAGCUCUUCAUGCCUGAAGAAAGCCAAACUUAUACUCAAGAAGAGCUGGAGAAAAAGAAGAACAGUUUGAAGAACUGGCUGGAAAAAAACCAUAUCCCUGUAAUAGAGCAAGGAGAGUUACAAACAACACUGUGCGUUGCAGGGGUGUUGUCUAUCAACCCCCCGUACCGGCCGGAAGACUGCAACAGUUCCAACGAAAUCAUUUUAUCUAGAGUCCAAGGCUUGAUACAAAGUUACCUUGCUCUUCAGCAAUGAAAUACAGUUCUCAAGUAUUGGGGAGAAGUUUAUUUUAUACUUUUAAAACCUAUGCAAUAUGUCUUCAUAAUUUUCCUCGUUAGGUCUGAUUGUGUUCUUAACUGCUGGCAGAAAGUCUUGUCGCUGACACAGUCAAGGUGGGCCAGCCAUUUCAAGAUUACAGCUUUGUUUGUGCUUAAAUAGAAAAUAUAACGCAAUGGUGCUAAUUUUAUAUUUAUAUAUGAAAAGAAGCAUUCAAGUUCUUAUAACCCCCCACCCCACCUGCGAUCCUGGAAAACUUCCUGUAUAUAAAAUAAGCAGUUGUGAAACUGCUACAUGAAGAUAUCCAUAAAAGCAUCCAGAAGAAAAUAGUUAUCUUAGUACCCCAAGUCUCUUAACAGGCUUAGUAAAAUAUUAAAUACUUCUCUGAAGUACACAGCAAUGUACAGUCAAAAAGAUUAAAAAUACUUGAACAAG